ACAGCCGUGUGAUGGCCGGGUGCGCGCGCGUUUGCUGAUGGCGGAUUUUUGUUAAUUUUUUUUAUUUAACUCGCUCAAGGCAAUUUUAACGUUUCCACUGAACAACCCGUUUUGUGCCCGACCCGCUUCUCCCCCGCCACACCACCCCCACCUCACGCACACACAAACGCGCACCAGCCCCCACGCGCGCGCACACACACACACCGAGCAAAAGCCCCCGUCCCGCGCCGCAGCAGUUCGACAGGAACAUGGGAGCCGCAAGACACGUCGGCCCGGUGCUGCUGCUCGUCGGCCUGCUGGGGCUCCACCACGCCUCGGGUUUCUGGAUCGUCAACGUGGUCUUCCCGCCCAACGCCAAAUCCCGACCACCGAGCAACAGCACUCCUCCGCUCGUUAUCGUGCCUGGGAACUUGGGGAACCGUCUGGAGGCAAAGAUAAACAAGCCGGCGUUGGUCAGCUGGAUGUGCUACAAGAAGACAGCACACUGGUUCCCCCUGUGGAUUGACCUCAACAUGUUCAUGCCUAUAGGUAUAGACUGCUGGAUUGAUAACAUUAGACUUGUGUACAACAGGACGAGUCGGCGAUCGUCCAACUCACCAGGGGUGCAGGUGCGGGUGCCGGGGUUCGGGCAGACGUAUCCCAUUGAGUUUCUAGACUCUAACAAACUGGCCGGUUAUUUUUACACAAUGGUGCAACAUUUGGUCAACGUGGGCUAUACCCGGAACGAGACUGUCCGAGGAGCGCCAUAUGAUUGGAGAUUGCCUCCUAAUGAGAAUGAGGAGUAUUUCACAAAGCUACAGGAGCUGGUUGAAGAGAUGUACGAGCGGCACCAGAAGCCCAUCUACCUGCUGGGUCACAGCAUGGGCUGCCACUAUGUGCUGUACUUCCUCAACCACCAGCCGCAGGCCUGGAAGGACAAGUACAUCAGGGGCUUCAUUUCCCUGGCAGCUCCGUGGGGGGGUGCUGUCAAACCCCUCAGAGUCUUGGUGUCAGGGGAUAACGAUGGCAUCCCGCUGAUCUCCACUAUCAAGAUCCGCCAGGAGCAGAGGAUGGCCACGACUAAUCCCUGGAUGCUGCCGUCUGAGACUAUUUGGCCAAAGGACCACGUGUUCAUCUCCACACCGACCUUCAACUACACCAACCAGGACUACCAGCGCCUCUUCACGGACAUCGACUUUGAGGACGGAUGGCACAUGUGGGAGGACACCAAGAACCUGACCGGGGAUCUCCACCCCCCUGGCGUCGAGGUGUGGUGUAUGUACGGCGUUGGGAUUCCGACUCCGGUGACGUACGUCUACGACGAGGAGUUUCCCGACGUGGACCCGGUGGACUUUGUUUACGCCGACGGGGACGACACGGUGGACAGCUUCAGCAUGAGCCUCUGUAAACGUUGGCAGGGCCAACAGGAGAUGCCCGUCCACGUCACCGAGUACCGAGGGCUGGCCCACUUGGACAUAGUGUUCAGUGAACAGGUGCUCAAUAACAUCCAACGUAUCCUGGAGGGACAUUCAGACACGCCCAGUGAGAUUGACCUCCGGUUUAAGGGUGAAUAGGCAAGAGCCUUUAAAAGUGGAGAAAAUUAGAAAAAAAGACACCGAUUGAUGGAUUCUCUACAUAGCCGACCAACUCUUUUGUUCAAUGUUGUCGUAUUUCUUUCAAUGUUCAUUCAGGCCACUUCAAAUAUAUUAGUACACUAUCAAAAUUACACAAUCCCAAGGUUUAAUUUGAGGGACGACCCCUUCAUUAAUGCUUUCAAACACACUUCAUGACCCAUAUCAUAUUUCGUAGGUAGUUCAGAGGAGUGUAAUGGAAAGUUUAGAGGGACCUCGCCAGUUGCCCAUUUUUUUAUUGUUUUAAGGUCGAAACCAUUAUUUCUUCAAGGCUAUAUAUAUUUUCUGUAUGAAAUAUUGUUGAAUAAAACA